ACAGGCUCGGUCUCAUCUUAACAGGAGCGCGGGCGCGUCAAUAUACACACAGAGAGCAGAGCAGCGCUUUGGGUAUAGUAGAAGGUGCUCUACAGCGAGAGAAAUCCAGGCAGGCGCACCUUCACGCACUGAGCAAGAGGUUUGCGGCGCAGUUUGUGUGGCGGCCGGGACCCGAUCUUUUAAAACCAUGCUGGAUUGACUGCAGAGAGGCAACUACAAUCAAUGGCUUGGCUUUGAAAUCGUUCAAAAUUUAUUGGAAAGGAGUGUGAGAUAGAGCGACAGUGAGAGAGGGAGAGCAGCAAAGGGAGAGAGCGAGAGAGUGGCGAGAGGGGUGGAAAUAAAGAUCCUUUCAACGAUGGAGCUUACAAUGGAAAACAUUGGAAAUCUGCACGGUGUAUCUCACUCCCAUCAAACGAGCGACUUAAUGAACUCCCCACAUGCGCGCCAGUCGUCGGCGUCGCAUCGGAACUUGGUGUCGCACGGACGGUCAGCCAUGGUGUCCAGCAUGGCCUCGAUACUGGAGGGAGCAGGGGACUACCGCACAGACCACGCUUUGUCUGGGCCCCUGCAUCCGGCAAUGACCAUGUCGUGCGACUCCGGGAUGAGCCUGAGCAGCACCUACACCACGCUGACGCCGCUGCAGCACCUGCCCCCCAUAUCCACCGUCUCGGAGAAAUUUCACCAUCCACACCCACAUGCUCACCAUCAUCCGGCGCACCAGCGACUCGCAGCCGGGAACGUCAGCGGCAGCUUCACCCUGAUGAGGGACGACCGAAGCCUCGCCUCCAUGGGUAACCUCUAUGGCCACUACCCCAAAGAUAUGUCCGGCAUGGGGCAGCCUCUAUCCCCUCUGUCCAACGGUCUGGGGUCUUUGCACAGCUCCCAGCAGACUCUCAGCGCCUACGGUCCUGGAGCUCACCUCUCCAAUGACAAGAUGAUCUCCUCGGGGGGCUUCGAGUCCCACGCAGCCAUGCUGUCCCGAGGUGAGGAGCACCUGGCCCGGGGUCUCGGGGGCCACGGGGCCGGGCUUAUGACAUCCUUGAACGGCAUACACCAUCACAGCCAUCCGCACUCUCAGGCAAACGGGUCCAUGCUGUCAGACCGGGACAGGCAGACGGUGGUGGGAGGCGGGCAGGGAGCUGGGUCAGGGCAGGUGGAGGAGAUAAACACCAAGGAGGUGGCACAGCGAAUAACGGCAGAGCUCAAGCGCUACAGCAUCCCCCAGGCCAUCUUUGCUCAGAGGAUCUUGUGCCGGUCCCAGGGAACUCUGUCUGACCUGCUGCGGAAUCCUAAACCGUGGAGUAAACUCAAGUCUGGCCGGGAGACGUUCAGGAGGAUGUGGAAGUGGCUCCAGGAGCCCGAGUUCCAGCGGAUGUCGGCGCUCAGGCUUGCAGCCUGCAAGCGCAAAGAACAGGAGCAACACAAGGACCGCAACACGGCGCCCAAGAAACAGCGUCUGGUCUUCACUGACCUGCAGCGCCGCACACUCAUCGCCAUCUUCAAGGAGAACAAGCGUCCAUCCAAGGAAAUGCAGAUCACCAUCUCCCAGCAGCUCGGCCUGGAGCUCAGCACCGUCAGCAACUUCUUCAUGAAUGCGCGCCGCCGCUGCGUGGACCGCUGGCACGAUGACCACGGUGCCAGCCCUGGGCAGCCGGGCACAUCCGCAACCACCUUCUCCAAGGCCUGAGAGGAGGAGAGGACCUUCAGAGGGUCGGGGAACCAGGUUGGAACAACAGGCAACAUGGAAAAUUGGCUGUGAAACCUGUGUAUAACAACCCUACCUGUCCUGGACUGUCUGAAUGUGUCCUCUGCCUGAAGAAAUCCUUUGUGCCAUGCAAUCAUCUUUUUUGUCAGUCAGAAUUUCAAGCGCUCACCUGAAACAAGCAAAAUCUAAAAAAGGUGAAUUGUGAAGUCAGGUCCACUCUGCAUUACUCACAUAAGGACAAUCAUUGAUUCUGUCUUUUUUGAAAGAAAAUCAUUUUUAUGGCAUCUGACAAAGUAAAGAGACACCAAAGAUUUGAUGUUUUUGUUGGACGGUACCAGACAUAUAUGCCGCCCUCCUUCAUCAGCCAAGUAGCCACUGAUUCUGCGUUUUCUCCCAACUCACCUCCUUUGUGUCUGCCUCUUAAGUCUCUCUCUCUCUCAUCCCCUCUACGCCGGCACACGGAAGCAACAAGGGCGAAAAGAACGGCAAUAAAUCUGACAACAGAACAGCACAUAGCCUUAUUAUCCAAGCCCCAUCCUGCACACACAAGGCCGUCAUAAAGAAAACAACGCAGCCUAUGAAAAAAACAACAAGGCUUUCCAAUUCUCCGCCUCUACCUCCCCCUCCUCCUGUAGUCUCCUUCAUUCCUCGGCCAAAGGUAUUCCCUGAUGGCCAGCCAUUUCAGAGAGCAGCUCAGCCUGAUCAUACGGCAAACUAAUGAAUUGAAAAAUGAAUCGAUGCAGACAGAGAGAGCGGGGCCUUGACCCCUCCUGAAGGUGAAACUCAAGACGCUCAGCAGUAGAUACUCAGGUCUUCCAGGCCCAGGUCUAUAUUUUUUGCACAGAUGUUGGGAGGCCUGUAGGGAGACAUGUCAUUGUUACUCUUAGCCUGAGCCCAGAGUCUGUGUUUCUCUGACCAACAGGAGAGGCGGGUGAGAUGUCUGGACAUGCUCUUUGUUCUGCAGGGAGCUUUUCCUCUGAUCAAUAACUGAGAACCAAGCGACAACAACACGCUCGGGCAUCCAGCCAACUACAUUACAGCUGCAUAUGAAAAGCAGAAUGUAAGAGGAGCACAUGGAACCCACUGGAGAUGGGGACACAAAGGCCUCAUAACAGCAACAGCAACAGCAGCAGCACACCUCUCCCUCCCUGGUCCCUGCCUAUGCUGGCAGAGCAACAGUGCCCCCUGCUGUCGAUAGCAGAGACCUGUAUCCAGCGGAGCAAUGGGGCUCAGAGCGGAGGAGAGGGAGGGAAGAGCCACUAGAUGCUGAGGAGAAGUCAUGGCACAACACAUUCAGGCCCUCACAGCUCUUUGAAGGCAGAUCAAUAGCUAACCAUUAUCCUAUUGUUGUUCCUCAUCCAACCAGCACUGGUGAAGCCGGAGGAGGGGGAUGGUUAAACUGAAUGCUGAAAACGCAGGGAUUUAGCAAAGGCAGGGAUUUAUUUAGCCAAUCCAAAUCUUAAAGAAUCCAUAAAAUACAAGUAGAGAAAUUACACAAGGAGGGGAUAGAAAAGUACAACAGAGUAAAAAGUAACAGAAGGCUUUACAGAGAGACAGACACAUCUGAAGUGCAGUGGAGGUUGAAUUUACAUUGUUUUUUUUGGGAGGCUUCAUAUUUUCUCAAAUCAUUCUUCCAUUCUUUCAUCCCAUCUGUUAGGAAAAGAAAAAAAAAAGGCUCUCAACAGAUGUGAUUCAAACCAAAUCUCCUGGUUAUUCCCACACGACAGUUAUCAGUUAUCAGUAGCUAACCCAAAGCGAAACCACCACACUCAGCUGUCAAAAUGCUACAAUAAAUUAGUGCCAAUGCUUACUGCCUUAAUGCGAAUCAAAGAAUAUGGUACUAGGGUUCACACACACAGCUACAGUGCGCCCCACUGAUGACGGGCGGUGUGUGCCAUAGCAACCAAACAAUCAGCUUUUAACUGAAUUAAAAUAUACUUUUUUAGUAAAAAAAUGAAAAAAAGAAUCAGACUUUAAGGCAUACAAUAACCAAACCUCAAACGACAAAGAUAUAACACAUACAGUAUGUGUUACAAAUACAACAAAGAAAUGUCUCCAACACAUAACUGGACACAUUUUGAAGCAGAAUAAAAAAAAAUCUCUCAUUCUAUCUUUGGUUCUCUACCUCCUCUAUCCCUCUAACCCCAUUGCCCCCCUUCUCUUUCUCUCUUCCUCUCUAUAUUGAUGCGGGUAUUUAAUUAGUACCAUAGACACAAAGUUUCUAUUUCUUGUUACUAUUGUGCUCUGUUGUGCAUAAGUAAGGCACCUUGUUGAUAAAUCAAAAACAAAAAAGGAAGGACUUUUUAAAAGGAAAAAAAAAAAAAGAGGGAUGCAAGGACCGAGGCCAAUGACGGAUGUAUUUUUUUUUUGUUUUGUUUUUUUUGCAUUCUGUGUGAAUAUAGACUCGGACGAGACAUUUACCAUGAGAAAGAGGAGGAAAAAAAGAAAAACAGGGAGCUGCUGAAGAGAAGAAUAAAUGACGGACGCUCUCUCUCUUUUGGCAUUUCAUGUCAGAACUGUGGUACUCUCAGCCCCCUUCAAGCUGAGCCCCAAGAAUGGGGUAAAACCAAAGGGGGACAAAACAUGACCUCCAAAUGUCCUGGCUGAUUCAGUGUGGUUUUAUUGGAGGGUGGGUGGGGGUGAUGCUCGGGACUCAAUAGUUAUCUGUAUGGUCUUAAGAUGCAACUGUAGCAUUUCCAACAAUGUAGUCAGAUUAGCGGUGCAGAUUAGAUAAGAGAUGGUCAUUGUAGGAGUUGAUUGAGAGGUACUGACUAACUUCACGUUGCUGUAAGCAGUGAGUUAACGGCGCCAAAGGAUGAUGAGCUAAAAUCGAUUUGUGGUAUACAGUUCAGUGAGCAUAGGUAAAUAGCUAGAUUCAGCUCUAGGUAUUAGGCUGACAAAAUGACAUUUGUUUGUAGUGAGAACCAAUGUGGCUACCUCACUAAGCUGAGUGGUUUGUGAAACCGCCACUAAUACCAAAGAUACUGCAGCCUACCGGUCCCAAACUGCCUAGGGGGACACACAAACCAAAAAAAAAUCGAAAAAAAACCAACAAAAAAAGCCCCCCCUCUUUGCCCAAAACCGUUACAGACAAAAUACUGAUGAUGUUACACACACACACACACACUCAUGUUCGUAUUAACAGCGCAGUCGGACUGCAUUGUGCCACAUAGGAGGAGGUGGCUGCCUUGCAGACAGAGUUGAGUGCCUUUUCCCUUCAACCACGGGUGGGACUGCACUGGACACAAACACACAUACAGACUAACACAUAUAUACACACUCGCACACACACACACACACACACAAAGCAAUGCGGGUGCAUGCAUAUAACUGCACACCCAUUUACAAACAUGCACUCACAUUCAGACAAUACACCCAUAAUUGGAUGGACAGAAAGGGGGGCCAAAGAGAGGGACACAGAGUGGGGGCUGUGUCAGCAUUUUCUCCCAUAUUGACUUUCCAUCUUGAUACACUAGAAUACAAGCACUUUAUCAUGUAGAAAGUCUAUAAAACAUUUUCUAUACACUAUUUAUUUGAAACAAAAUUAUAUGUUACUCCUUAAUCUGUCAGUCUUUGUUACUGUAUUGUUGAUCUUCUUAGUAGCUCACAGCCUUUUGUGUUUUUUUAUUUCUCCUCUGCGCCCGGUGUGCUUAGACUCUCAGCCACUUUACCUCUCUCACAUCAGAGAUAUUUUUGUGUAACAGAGAAAGAGGGGGGUAGAAAGGCCAAGGCUCUAAGCGCUCAAAGGGCUGUAGUUGUAAAAAAAAAAAAAAAAAUCAUACCACUAAAUGUCUCUCUCUCGCUCUCUUUCUCCACCGCGUGCAAGCACAGAGGCUGCACUAGAAAAGUGUGGAAGACUCAAUGAGUUUAUAGACACAAAUUCUCUCGUCCCUCCACCUUGUCUGUCCAGUCGACCUCUCCCCCUGGCUAGUGCUAAGACUCGGUAGGCGUGUGUUGACAAUUAAUUCUGAAAUACCUCAAAAACCUUUCAUGUAAACUUUAUGUAAUUUAGACUGAAAAUAAUACUGCUAAUGAUAACAAUGAUUAUGAAACUAUGAUACUAUGAUAGUUAGUUUUGGAACUUGUGACUUGAAGCUUUAUACUGUUAAAUUCCUUUUAUUUGUUUGCUCAUUUUUCUCGUACGUUCUCUUGUUUGUUUUUGCUACGGCAUGUACUUACUGUUUUCAUAAAGGAAAAGACAUUGUGAAUGUUUCUGUGGAGGGUUACAUGAGAAAAGAAGAGACAGAAGAGAAGGCUAGACUAGAGAGAGAGGGGCAAGAGCUACUCACUUCAGAUGUGUAGUUCAAAGCUCUCUCCAAGGCGGGUACUUUUAAAAGGAAACAAAAAAAAAAAAAUCAAAAUAAAAUAAUAAAAAAAAAAAACAUAGAAAGAAAUUACCAAAAUAUGAUUUGGGCUGAAUUUUAAACCAAAAAUUUGAUGUUAAACCAAAGGAGGAAUAACCUUUUACUCAUUGUUAGCUUUCUUCUGCCUUUAAGUUGUCUUUUCUCUGGAAAAAAAAAAGAAAAAAAAAGAAUUUCACAGUUACUUUUGAAGGUUCCUGGGUGUGUUCAAGUGCUCCUGAUGUUCUUAGAAUAUUAAAGACCAGCACCUCCUAUUGAAAAGAAGGUGCGCUUUUUUCUUUUGUGCAUGGAUAUUGUAUAACUGUAUAGAAACCAACAGGAAUGACCUGUGAUUUUGUGGGGAGAGGAGGAGGAUGGAAAGACUUGGGAGUGGGUGGAGAAGGGGUGGGGGAUAUUUUGGUUAUCAAAACAAAACAAAAAAAGGGUGGGAGGAUUCGGGUUUUAGGCGUUGGAGGGGUCCUUGUUUUUAGAAUUUCCGUCACUGUUGGAUUCACUGGUUGUGUGCAUGUGUUGUUGCAACCCUUCCCCUUUCCCCAUGUUUCUUUGAUGUAUAUAAAUCCAGACAGUAGGGGGCAGUGUGUGCUGGGGGAGGUCAAACUCCUCUCCUCCCAAUCAAUAGCAUUCAAUCUUCAUUCCUCAGCUUGUGGUCCUCACUCGGGUCCUGAAAUGUGUGUCUUGCUUUUCCAAAGACGGGCUGUUUACUUGGAGUUAAUCAGAGGGACACACACAGGCCCGAGCGGCCUUGAAUAUACCUGUAUGUCUGUCUACAUGCUUUUCUUCAAUCUGUGUAUGUGUGCUCAUUUGUACCUAUGUGGAAGACAAAGUGUUUCUUUUUUAUGUUCCUUUACUAUGGGUUGCAAUAUUUGUCAUGCGAAAAUUUGAAACCAUUUCUUACUGACUGACCGACCAACCAACCGCAGUACCGUUUGGCAACUGAUAAUCCGACCCGAAAUGUCGUCAGCAUUUACUGUCAAACAGCAUAAGUGUGUGUCAUUUCACUGUGGGAUCGAAGGUUGCCAAUGGGACUGAUGUAGACACCCCCAGUCACACUGUGCUCUCCCUCUUCUGUUACCUGUUAAUCAAUCAGAACCAAGUGUCUUUGUGAUGGUAGAAGACAAUCAGUUUCAAAACAAGAAAAAAGGUAGAGAGAGGGCAGGCCAGUGGGGAGGAAGAAGGGGAGGAUGGAAGAACAAAAACAAAAGGGAAA